AUGUCGACCACUGAUGCUGCUGCCGCUGUGGCUCCUAUGUACAAAGUUGGCGUGGCAUUCAACAACACACCAGGAUCUCUUAAAGCGCUACAAACUGCCGUGGAUCUAUGUAUGAACAUGAAAGUGCCCUACAUGAUAUACAUCGCGUUCGUAGUGGCUCUGAAUCCUCCUGCUCUUCUUCCUGGAAUGGACUCUAUCGAACAAGGCUUCAACACACAAAUCCACGAAGACGCCAAAAAGGAAUUGACGGAAUGCAAGGCUCAUUUGGAUGUGUUUUAUCGCAACAAGGCCAACUAUGAGUUUGUCAAUAUUGAAGGAGAAGGAGACACUGCUCAACUACUCAAAGAAUACUUUGACAGAGAUCAUCCAGAUUUGAACCUGUUUGUAGUAGGAACAACAUCAAAAACAAUGGUUGGAAGGAUGUUUCUCGGGAGCGUGUCGGACUUUUUGGUUCAUAAUAUGGCGGUGCCUGUUCUCGUGGUGAAGAAUGAGCCUGCUAAAGCCAAGUGA